AUUGUAAAUGGUUAUGAAAACUUUUUGUAUGUAUGAUUAGGAGAAUUUGUAUUUAAUAUUUACCAUAUAAAUUGUAGUUAUAAUCUGGAAAUCGGAAAUUUGUGAAUUUUAUUAUUUGGAAAAUGUUAUUUCUAAUUUAUGUUAAAUUUUUCUUAAAAUAUGUAUAUUAUAUUAAAUCAAUUUUUUUAAUAAUAUUGAGACAACUUAUUAAUUGUAAAUAAUAAUGAAAAUUUUGAAACAAAUUAAAAAGUUAUGUAAGGAGCAUGAAUAAAGUCAGAUAAAUUAGUAAAAAUUAUAAAGUAUUUAAGAUACACGUUUUUAAAAUAGUAAAUUUACCAAUAAAUUUGAGCUAAAAUGAUAGGAAGUAAAAAAAAAAAAAAAUUAUGUAAACAAAAGAGUUGACAGGUCUUAAAACAUAUUUACAACCAAAUUAUGAAAUAAAUAUGGAUGACUUGAAUGUUACGUUCACUGCAACAAAUAGAAUAUUACUAUGAAGGUAAUUUAAAAAAUUUUGAUUUAGACUGUCAAAUGCAAAUUUUAUUCUAUAAAAAGUGAUAACAGUAACAUUUGCCAAAAUAAAAGCUGUAUAACUAAAUAUGCAUACAUACAUUAAAGAAUUAAGUUUCUAAAUUAAAAAAUUUCUUAAAAAUUUGAAUUAUAUUUAUUUGAAAUGCAUGCGAAAUUAAUAUUAUUAAAUAAGUAAAAUUUAAACACCUAUGUGAAUACAUAGAUUAAUAAAUAUGAAUGUUAAAUAAAAGUUUAUGUAUGGGAUAAGUAUGUUUUAAAGAAUUCUAAAAAAAUUCAUGUUGCACUUUCUUAUCGAAUAAAAUAGGAAUCUGAGAUUUUAAGAUAAAUUCAUAUAUAACACCUAAAAAAAUUGUUCCUCUCACAUUUUAAAAUGAAAAUUAGAAAUUUAAAAUUCUAAAAUAAUUUAGCUAUUCUAUAUAUUAAAAUUCUGGAAACUAUACAUAGUAUUGACCCUUUUAACAUAACACUACACUUUAACAUAGCACUACACUAGUUACGUUAAGAAAUAAUCUAAUAUUAAUUAUUUAAUAAUAAGGUAUCUUAAUUUUUUCAAAAAAUUAAUGCAUAAAACUACUGUUAAAAACUGAUAAAUACAAACAAGAAAAAAUCUCAAGUCAAAAUAAAUCUGAGUUUAAACUAAAACUCUGUGCAGAUUUAAAAUUAAAUAAGUUAGUUACAUAAUUUAUUCCUAUUUAGUAGUUAAAAACUAAAGCUUAUGAGAAUUAGCAUCAAUAAUCAGAAAAUCUUAAGCAAACAAAGUUUACAAUAACUACAAAUUUUAUCAUCAGACAUAAUUAAAUAAACAGACAUAUUAGUAUUGAUAAAUACAAUCUAAUUAUAGAUUAAAAAUUAAUUACAAAACGUUUUAAAACAAUGCAUGCCUAUCCAUAACUAAAGAAAAAAAUUAGAUAUAGAUCAAGAAUAUGAAACAAAUUCUACGUAAAAUAAGACAUUAUUAUAAACAUGAAACAAGAGUUAAAAAUAUUGACGCUUAAAGCAAAUAUUGACGCUUAUAGCAUUUAAUGCACUUAACUCGUAAAAUCUACUGAUACCCCGUAUAAAGAAAAGUACUUAAAUUAGGAAUAAGUCCCUUAGAAGCGCUAUAUAAAUUUAUUUAUUUCAAUAAUAAACUAAAAAUCUUGCCGUCUUAAAUUCACAUAAGAAAUGCCAUUGAAAUGGUUCGUUCGAAAAAAUGUUUGGAAGGAGGCGGGGUUUGACGUCAUAAAAUAUGUCAUCACUGUCCCUGUCUAUUGUAGUAUAAAUCAUACUUUAUCAUUUAUUUGUUUGUUUUUUUUAAAUGUUUUUUUUUAAUAUCAAAAUUCUUUUAUAUUAUAGUUUCCAUUUUAUAAAAUAACGAUGCAACUUGAACAGAAAAUUGUUUUUGCACCUCCCCUGAAUGAGGAGCAACCUAGAAACUUCAUAGAAUUAUUUGAAAAUGUGAUUCAAAAGAUCUUUUCCCUUGGAAGUGACACUAAGCGUGUAACAGACUUGGAAACAGAUACUAUUGUUGAAAAGCUUGUAAUAAAUGUGCUACAUCGUCCCAAACAAGAAGAAAAUUAUUAUGAAUUUUUAGAUAAUGAUGAAGAAUUGAAAUCAGUGUUGAAGUCUUUGAGGCAGCACCUAAAAGAUGGUGUAGACAAAAUUAUGAAAAUUACUGAGGACUUUAAUCGUUACGCAGAUUUAUGGUUGCUAAAUAUUGAAAAAGAAUUAGAGGACUUUACUCUACAUGGUCCUGUGCCUGAAGAAGAGGAAGGUGAUUAUGUAGGUGAUGAUGACAUCUCGAUUUUAACUGUUGUGGAAUUAAAACCACCCACAGAAGAGGAGUUUAAAACAGAAAUAUCCCAUUUUGAUCAACUGUUUAAAAUAAUUAAUGAUCUGGAAAGUAUUAUUGAAGUAGAAUCAUGGUUGAUACUGGAUAUAACAUUGUUUAAAGACAGCUUACUAGAAAUAAUUAGAAAUUGGCAGUCUUCGUACAAGAAAAAAUUUAUUGAAAUGAAACAUUUGGGAAUGUUAAGAAAACUGCAAGAUGAAGAUGAUAUGUAGAUGAAACCAAGUUUAGCUAAAAAAUGUGUCAAAUGAAUUAAGACAAGAAAUCAAAGAUGAUUCAUUUAUUGCUAACAAAAAGUACAAAAUGUGUGUUCAAUAAAAAAGUAUUUAAACUGUUA